AUGGGUAAGUCAAAUUUAUUUUAAUUAUUCGAAUUAUAAUUAAUUUGACGGAUUUUAAAUUAAUUUUUAUCUUUAAUGUUAAGAUUGCCAUCUUUCACCUUCACUUUUAAAAGAUCUUGGACCCAUUAAAAAACAGCGAAAAUCAAGUGUAACAUAAAUCGCUUCGAAGUUUGGCGUUUUAAUUCCUUUGAGCUGAAUCAUUUUUUAAUUUUAAAAUUGUAUUUAUGACGUUUAGGCUUAAAAAUUGGUUUCACAAGGAUCGCAAACAUAAGAAAGUUUAUUAAAAGAUUUUAGGCAUUGAAAUUUCAAUAUUUUUACUCAAAAUUUGUAUUUUUCUGCACUUUUCCCUUCAGAAAACGUUGAACUGACUUCCUUUGGUCUGACACUUUUAUUGUUGAUCGGAUUACUUCUGACUCUCACUUGAAAUAUCUAUAAUCGUAUUGGAAAGUGAGGAUUCAGAUCAAAAAGUGAAAAAGAAUCUCGAUUCAAAAAAGCCAAAAUUUUGAAAAGUCAAAAUUCAGAUUCUUUGUAGCUUCUACUACAAUAUAGAAUUCGAAGCGGAAAUCGCCUUUUUAUUGAAAUGCCAUUGCCGCUUACCAUCCUAGCUUACCAUGUUUGCAGUCACUUUGUUUACAGUCGAUUGGCGUCAUUUCACGGUCGUUUGACAAUGUUUUUGGCAUUCGGCCGACAGUUUUUAUGUUUGUCAUCGUGUUGCACUGAAAGUGUUUUAAAUCUGCUUUUUUCUGUUUUUAGGCGCUUUUUUGGUUCGAAAACGUUUUAUACAAAUUUAUAUUUUGAAUUUGGCUUUGUGAAUGCUAGCUUUUACCGACAAAGGUGACAGUUUGAAAGUGAAAGGUAUUGUAGUUGGUUGGGGACCUACUGGGGUUACUUUUGAAUAUUUGAAAAGUUGAUCAAGAUAUGACUGUAAUUUUGAGGUUUUAUGUGCUGUAGAGUUUAUUUAUAGUAAUGUACCUCUUUAUAAAGCCAAAAAGAACGUUUUUAACGUAUUUUACACAUAUUGUUAUCUUAUGUACUUUUGACAACUUUUGACAUUAAGUUCCUGUAAUUCUUUCAAAAAUGAAUAUACUUUACUGAAUGCUUUUAGACCCUUUAAGUUACAACCAACUGGGCAACUAGACCCGUUAAGCUACCAAAUAAGAAGCAAUGUAACUUUACGUAAUACGAUGACAUAUCAAUUUAACUUUUUUAUGUUUUUGUGGGCUGAAUCUCGUCGUGCGUCAGCGACUAAGGAUCUGGACGGUGGGAAACAAGAAAAUAGUUUUGGAAACGGAAUUCAAUUUUAGUUUGUAGUUAAUGUGGCUGUUUUUGAUUACUAUGGUGUAGACAUUAACAAUUAUACUGGUUUUUUAUGUUGUUUUGUAACUCAAGAUGUUAAUGAAUGGUUUAGAGUUGUAAAUACGUGUUAUUGUUAAGAGUUUAGGCAUUUUUAGAGAUCUCUAAAGUUGGUUUUUAGUUUAGAAAACGAUAUAGGAGAGUGUUAACAGUCAUCUCAUAGGGAUAUUAUAGAAAGACUACAUUUUAGCCUUACCAUACUUCAGAAUUUUAAUAAUAUUAGCACAGUGCAUUUUUCUAAAUUUCAACAAUUUCAUUGAGCAACAGCAAAGUUCGAAAAAGAUCGGUUAGUACGACGUAUAAACCAUUUUUGAGUCUGUAAGUACAAAUAGGAUAGUGUUGUUUACGGUUUGGCAGCCUACAGAUAGAACAAAAGAAUAUGAAACCUUUAUUGUCCUUAUGAUUAAUUUCUAUUUGUAUGUUCAGCUUAUUUGGCCCUGAGGGUGCGACGCUUUUAUUAGACAUGGAAAGUCAUACCUAUAAUAAAAAAGCAUAUUAUCACUUUUGCUGAUUCGAAAAAAGUUUGCGAAGUCAAUAGUUCUUUUGGUCAGAAAGUUUAUAGAACGGUGUUGUGGCAAUAUUCGUAAAGUAGAAUUUUUUAGUAUUUUAUCUGUAAUAGUAUAUUGAGAGAAAUAUAUUGGAAAUAUUAUUUAAUUUCAUUCCUUAUCUUUUUCACAUUUUUCUUGUACAACUUCUUGAAAAAUGUUUAAAAUUAUUUAUCAAAACGUUUUCGAAACGUAUGGCCUUGUUACGUAACACUUUUUGUCAACUUUUUUACUUUGAAGUGUCAAAGUUGUAAUUAGAUAUGUACUUCCUUGUCUUAUACAAUUACAUAUUGGUGAAGGUAGAUAUUGGGUUUGGAAAGUUGUUUUUACAAAAUUACAAUUUACGUUUUAUUUCUUAUCAAAAUAUUUUCAUCUAUAGUACUUGGUAACGUAAAAUUACAAAAUAAAAAAACUUUAAAUUCCAUUUUAAUACGUAAAUUCAUAAUAAACGUAGUUUAAUUUAAUAAAGUUAGCAUAAGGGCUUAAAGUCAUUCUGGGGGUGUUUGAUAACGAUCAGCCACACCCCUUAAAAGCUAUUUUUUGGAAUUUUUUAAUGACAUUUGUUGUAAAACAUGUUUCUUGCUUUUUUCAUAUACACUUACAAUUUUUUAGUUUAAAUUAAAAAAUGUUUUUUGAAGUUUAAUCAAGGCCUGUCCAUUUUAAGCCAAGUUUUAUAUUUUAUGCUUCGUCAUCUCACAUAUUGACCAAAAACUGUCGGUACAUUCUUAUUUUGCACCCAGUACCUUCUAUAUAUGUAUGUUGUUGUAGCUCGCUAUCGUUAUAUAUUGUAGUACUUGCUUCUCAUAGUAUAGUACUUGCUUCUCAUUGUUCCAAACCGUUUCUUUUUCCACGUGAAACCCUUGAAUUGCCAUGGUAAUAAAAAAGAACCUUUCGGCCGCUCCUUCCUGCCCUUAGGGGCUGCACCUUUUCAAGGUGGAAAGGAAUACCAAGACUGUCGUCUCAUCCCCCCCCUGGCGGCUUCACAACAAAAAUAUACAUGCAAAAAACGAAACGGAAGAACCGUGGCCGAACAUCAGAACCAAUUCUCUUUUUUGUUUCAUUGUCUGGCUUUGUACGAAUUUGUGAUUAUGCAAAUAUUGUGAUUGGUUUAAGUCAUAAUUGAACGCUUCGUAUAGUAAUAUGGCAGUUGUCUUGUAGAAUAAGCUGAUUUUUAUUUUUUUGAAAAUUUUGAUUUAAUUUUAAGGAAUGUAAGAAAGAAGAGAUGAUUAAUAUUAUUUUAGACACUUUUUAAAGUCAUGUUAUUAGAGAUUAUAAAUUACUAGAAAAAGUAAUUACCAUUUUCUUCUUUAAAUUUUACAUUGUUUUUCAUGUAAAACCACCUGUUUUUUAUUAAAUCACGUUUACUUUUUCAAGAUUUAAUGCUCGAAUUGAAGGCCAAUGUUAUGUCAAGGAAGUUUUUGCUAAAGUUGUAAUCGUAUGGCUAUUUCGUGUCUUUUUACAUUUUCAUUUUAAAUUUUGCAACAUUUAAAUACAGUAACUAUAUUAAAUUUUAAAAGAUCCAAAUGUUGCAUUAUAUUUGGCCGUACAGUAUAUCUAUAUUAACAAUUACAAAAUAGGCUUACCAAGCUCAUUAAGAUUGAUCUUAAGUUUUAACUCAUCUUAAUCUAGAGUUUCCGGUCUUAAAUGGUCUAUAAAAUUAGAUCUUUGGAUUAAAGUUUUAACAGUCUUAUACCUUCUUCACAUGCCUGCUUAAUAUACACCUUCUUAACUUCUUCAUGUACAGGUUUUUACAUCUUAACAUUCCACAAUAAUUUGGGGUUUUAUUGAGGGUGGGAAACAUAAUUUAGGCUUUGGAAUAGAAUAUGCUACUUUGAAUAUACUUUUUUAUUAAAUUUUAUAUGCAAUAUUUAUUUUUAGUCUUAAAAGUUCUGUAUAAACAGUAAGGCAAAUGUUCCUUAAUUAUUGAGUUUUAACAAGUUUAAAGUUUCGUUUACAAAAACUCCUGUACAACGAACAACGUUUGAGUCCCCGAUUAUCCAGUUCCACGGUUUAUGAUACAUUAUGAUAUCAAUUUUGGUAUAUUAUGACAUAUUUAUAGGAUUAUAUUGUGAUUACUUUCAGAGGAUACCAAGGGCGAAGCAGAUCUGCCAAAAAGGCAACGGCCUUCUUCAUUGUAUCUGCCCUUUGUUAGGAGCUUUCGGUACGUUUUUUAUUUUCUGCAAGACUUCUUUUUAAAUUUUUAAAAUUUGUAGUCUUAGAGGUAUGUCAUUUUGGUAAAGAUUAGGCCAUACUUCUUACCAAAAUUUUUAAAAACGCCUCUGUUAAACAUUAUAUAUUAUUGUACGUACUCGAAUAAAGUGCUGGCUUUUGCCACCCAUUUCUCAAUUCUUUCUCACAGCUUCUUUGUUUUUGGUCUUUGAACACCUUAAGCUCACAUUCUUACAAAUUUCCUAUAAGAUUUCUUAAAAGUAAAUAAGUUUACAAACAACGGCCGAUUAUAAGUGAGAAUGACGUUCUCACGCUCUCGAGACUGUACUUGUUAAGAAUAUGACAAAACGUUUUCGACUAAUUAAAAGUAUGGCCCUCAUAACGUUAAUUUUGUCAGUACAUUGGUUUCUUACUCUUUGAGAAAAGACAGCAAUUGUAAUAUCAUAUAAUAGACUGAAGCCUUACAUCUUAAGGCUAAAUUGGUAAAAAUGUGAUUAAAAUAUGUUAAUUUGGCCAAAGAAUACAUAUUAUAUCCACCUUUACCCUUUUAUCAAAACGAUUUUUAUAUUUUUUAAUAGAAAUGUCGUUCUAGAUCCCCCAGCUUCUUGAUAAAGCCUUCAGUUGGAUACAUAUCAUCCACCCCACCCAAACGGCCCUCUAGCCGUUCACCUGGCUGGAAUGUCAAAAUGUUGGAUCGGAUGACGCGGCUUUGGCGUCGAGAUGUCACCCAGCCCAGCCCGUCCACCCAUCCGACCGCGCCACAAAUCGUAACGACCGAUGCCUCAGGGAAACAAACCAAAGUCGACCCCAACAAUGGACAACAUCGGAAGCACAAGCGGCAGCGGACGGCCAGCGACAACUCCCACUUCGCGAUGGAGCGGGUGCUACGGGCCAAUGAUAGGGAUUUUAACAGCCGGUUUAAGUAUGCCGUAAGUUGGGUUAGACACAUUAAUGUUACACCAUACCACCAGUAAUACACAAAACAACAAUUUCUAUUAUAAUCAAAAUAACCUUACCCUUUCAGGACAACUACAUCAAGACAUCCAAGUACAAUCUGAUCACUUUCCUGCCAAAAAACUUGUUCGAACAGUUUCAAAGACUUGCCAAUUUUUAUUUUCUCGUUUUAAUGGUCUUGCAAGUAGGUUUCGGUACCACUUUAUGGGUUAUCCCAAUGCAGUACUCUUGUUUUUUACAGCAUAUUCGUCUCUUGUUGUAUGUUAACUUGUAAUAUUUUUUAGCUUAUUCCAUGGAUCUCAAGUAUAGUAUGGUACUCAACAGCUAUCCCACUUGCCAUUGUUCUCGGGUUUUCAGCUGCCAAAGACGCGUAUGAUGAUAUUGUAAGUUCUCAUCUUCUUCUUUCUAUUUUUUAGUUAUGUUGACAUCAAAGUAGUAUCAUUCUAAAUCAUAUGUGCUCAAAAAAUACUAAAUCUUAGCAAAGACGAUGUUCAUAAUAGUUCGAUAUUGAAGUAAACACAACGUUGCAUUACACAUGUAGUAAACGAACCUUUUAGCAACGCCAUCGUAGUGAUAGUCAGGUAAACAAUCGUAUAUCGUAUGUAGUUCGUAAUGGUCGACUGGUCGAAGAACGUUGGACAAAUGUGAAAGUAGGCGACAUCGUGAGGAUGGAAAAUGAACACUUCAUCGCGGCCGAUCUUCUGCUACUGUCAUCUUCUGAACCUCAUGGUCUGUGCUAUGUUGAGACAGCAGAAUUGGACGGAGAAACCAAUCUGAAAACAAGAACAGCUCUAAAACAAACUAGAGAUAUGGGCGAUAUUGUUGGCGACAUCUUUGGAUUUGACGGUAAGUAUAGACUCUAAAUAUGAAAAAAUUUUAAAAUUCUUGCCUAAAAACACGCGUAGACAUUGAAAAUAACAUUAUUUUUAUUGAUAACGUUAUAAAACCACGAAAUUUGCCAAUAUUCUGACGUUAAAACCCCUAACUCUGAUAUUGUUUUAGGUGAGAUCGUGUGUGAACCUCCAAACAACAAACUCGACCGUUUCGAAGGUCGAUUAGUUUACAAAGGCCAGCAAUAUCCUCUAAGCAAUAAUAACAUGUUGUUACGAGGUUGUCGUCUCCGAAAUACGCGGUGGUGCUAUGGAUUGGUUAUCUUUGCCGGAAGAGAUACCAAAUUGAUGAUGAACAGUGGCAAAAGCAAGUUCAAAAGGACCAGCUUAGAUCGGUUUUUAAACAUAUUGAUCAUGGGUGUAAGUUCUUGAAGUUUUCUAAAAAAAUUAAAGAAAAAAGGCAAGAAAGCAGGAAAUAUAAAAUUUGAAAAUAGCGAAUAAAUUCUUUUUUUUUCGCAUUUUUGGUUUCGCGGAGAAAAAAAAACAAAAUUUUGUUUCGAUAUUUUUUUCUGGUGUCUAUGGCACGAUAACCUGCGGAUCUACUAAAUUUAUUGGAUUUAUACGCUUGAUUUUUAAAAAUGCUCUAUGUUUUAUAUUUUUAUGUUAUUCAUAAAUGUUACCUAAUUAUUAGAGACUCAUUUCAGAUUGUGUUAUUUCUGAUCGCAAUGUGUUUGAUCUGUACGGUGCUGUGUGGAGUCUGGGAAUGGGUAACAGGACGUCACUUUACGAUCUACCUCGAGUGGGAGACCUUCGUCAGAGAUCAAGGAGAUCGUGGUUCUCGUCAGAUCGCUACAAUCUCGUUCCUGAUGUUCUUCUCCUACAUUAUCUUGCUCAACACUGUUGUACCCAUAUCUUUAUAUGUUUCUGUUGAGAUUAUACGAUUCGUACAUUCCGUUUGGAUCAACUCCGACCUCAAGAUGUACUACGCCAAAACAGAUACACCAGCUAGAGCUAGGACAACAACAUUGAAUGAAGAGCUGGGACAAGUACAAUAUAUCUUCAGUGAUAAGACGGGGACGUUGACACAGAAUAUUAUGGUAUUUAAUAAGUGUUCUAUCAAUGGAAGAAGCUACGGUGAUCUACUCGAUGACAGAAAUGAGUUUGUGGAGAUCACGGAGGCUACACCAACGUUAGACUUCAAGUGGAACAGGUGGCAUGAAAGCAACUUCAAGUUUUACGACAAGACAUUGCUGGAUGACACACAGAAUAGGGUAGCUGAGGUGAGUUAUAUUUGUUAUCUUAUAAUAUAAAAAUAAAAAAUAUUUUAUGUUGCUUUAUAAUAUUAAUGAAAACCUUAUUUUAUGAAAUUUUAGGUAGAAGAGUUUUGGAGAUUAUUGGCAAUUUGUCAUACUGUAAUGCCAGAAAGGAAAGCCGGCUCGACUUUGGAGUAUCAAGCUCAAUCUCCAGAUGAAGCUGCUCUUACCUCAGCCGCUAGGAACUUUGGCUUCGUUUUUAAGUCUAGAACUCCAGAUAGUAUAACAAUAGAGGUUGGUGGUCAAGAAGAGGUAAGUAUAAUAACUUUACACAAAUGGUUCUACUGUUUUACAUUUAAAUAUAAAAUAAAUAUCUAUCAUAAAACUAAAAGUAAAAGGUUAUAUUCUUCAGAGAUUCGAAGUGCUUCAAAUUCUGGAUUUUGACAAUGUGCGAAAAAGAAUGUCAGUGAUUAUUCGAAACAACAACGGCGAUCUUAAGAUGUAUUGUAAAGGUGCCGACACGAUGAUAUUGGAUCGUCUACGGCCCGACACGAACGAACUUCUGAAGUCAGCUACGAUGCAACAUCUGGACAAGUUUGCGGCCGAUGGUCUACGUACUCUGUGUUGUGCCUACAAGGAAAUAGACGCAGAUUACUGUGUAGAAUGGAUGGAUCGUGAGAAACAAGCUCAACUUGAUGUGGCUAACAAGAACAAGAAGUUGUUCGAGCUGUACGAGGAGAUGGAGAAGGACAUGACACUUUUGGGUGCUACAGCCAUAGAAGACAAGCUACAGGACGGAGUGCCAGAAACUAUAGCCAACUUAGCCAAAGCUAACAUUAAGAUUUGGGUGUUGACUGGUGAUAAGACUGAAACUGCUAUCAACAUUGGGUAUUCUUGCAAAUUAUUGACCGAAGACAUGACAGAAGUGUUUGUAGUCGAUGGUAAAGAUGAGAAACAGGUGGAGGUGCAGUUGAAGGACAUCAAACGGAGGAUGGACAAGUAUACUCAUCCGGUAAGAUAUCUAAAAGGCGGUGUACCAAGUUUUGUUAUUAUUUACAGUAAACAGAAACUCCAAAAAUGCUGUAAAAUAUCAUGAAAGAGGUUUUGAAAUUGUUUUUUUUUUUGAAUUUUUGGCACAAUGGCAAUAAAAAGAUAACAAACGUUUUGAACUUUCAAUAUAGUACUGUAAAACCUGUAAAUCGCACGUAUUCUUACUGUAGCUUACUUCUUUCACUAUACCCUAGUCAUGUGUGUUGUGAAUCCCCAUUUAGCGUCAACCCGAACCGUCAUAUCGGCUGCGGUGGAGAUUCUGGAGACCCCGUACUCGGCGAUCUCGUUCUCGUCCCAGAGCUAUAGCUCAACCACUAGGAGAUGAUUGGAUGCCAGAGAAUGUGAAAAGAUACAUUCAGGAGCAGAUUCGAAUAGUGAGAGAGGCGGAAGAGCGAGAGGCGGCAGAGAAACGAGAGAAACAAAGCCGCUUUUACGUCAGAUUUUCACCGUCGCCCAACUUUGCCGUCAAGAAGUUGGAGAAGGUGGAUACUAUAACUGUGGAUGAUGAUAAGGAGAGCAAUGAUGACGAUGAUAAGAGGUCUAGCAUAGCUAGUGAUUACGAUAAGGCUGAUACGGUAGCUACGGACGAUGAAACUACAGAAGAGGUCACUGACGUAUGACAGUUAAGAAUCUGCGCUUCAGCUUCUAGCUAGCACUUUCUGUUGAGUACGCUUUGUUUUUACAGUAUACUUAAGUAAGAUUCAAUGUUUAUGGUAGAUUGCUUGUUUUAUUACCGUUUUUACUUGUUUCACAUGGUGUUUUAGUUGUUUUGCUUUUGCUAGCUUUAUUUGUUACCUGAUUAUCACAUAUUAACUAUUUUCUUCACUAAUAAGCUCUCACGCGAGCUAUCGGCUAAAUUAUUUAAGGCAAAAUUAUAUUUUCUUUAUUAUUUACUCUGUAAAAGCUUAUAUUUAAUAAUAUUUGAGAGAAUACUAUGUUUAAGCUUAAUAAUCUGGGUGAAAAGUUUUUGUUUGGUAGAUGUAAGCUUAGCUCCGCGGUGAUACGGCUAUAUGGUAUAUAACAUAAAGGGUAAUGUUUCAGAAAGUUGUUGGAGCUUCAAGUUUCUACGAUGAUCCAAAGUCUCCGGUUUCUCCAGUUAGUGGAAAGGUUUCACCAGGUACGUUGUCACUUACAGUUUUAAAUUCUAUAGAAAUAUAAUAUAUUGUAUAAAAACUAAUGACCUAUGUCUCAUAACUUAUAUGGAAGUGGCUCAUUAUUUUUUUUGCAAAUUAUUAUAACAAUAAUCUUUUACUUAUCAAAUUAUGCUAUUUUUAGCUGUCUCUCCAAAUGGCCAACAACAUAAUAACGUUGCUUUUGUGCCAGACUCAACCGACAGUAUUCCUCACCAUCCACUGACUCCUCACGAACCUCCGAAUGUGUUAUACGAUGAAGCUACUGACAUUUCUGGAGGGUUUGGUUUAGUCAUCAAUGGAGAUUCUUUGGCUUAUGCCUUGAAGCGAAAGUUUGAGAGAUUAUUCUUGGAAGUUGGAUGUCUGUGCACGGUAAGAGCAUAUUAUAGCUUAUUUUACUAGUAAACAACGCUAGUAAUGACUGUAUUUGCAAUUAAAUUUAUAAAUACUGCGUCUUUUUAGUUAUGGAACUAUAUUUUUAGGCAGUGAUUUGUUGUCGCGUUACACCGCUUCAGAAGGCUCAAGUUGUAGAUCUUGUGAAGCGUCACAAAAAGGCAGUGACAUUGUCUAUUGGAGAUGGAGCUAACGACGUGUCUAUGAUCAAAACAGCUCACAUUGGAGUGGGUAUUUCAGGUAAGACAACAGAACUUUAACUUUGAUAUAAGUAAUUUAAAUAUACAAUAUUAUCUAUUCAUUUGUAACUAAUAGUACUAUCGAAAAUUGUUAACCAGUGCACUAUUUAAGGCCAAGAAGGAAUGCAAGCCGUACUGUCAUCAGACUACUCUAUAGGACAAUUCAGAUAUUUAGAAAGAUUACUGUUGGUCCAUGGUAGAUGGUCGUACUUCCGAAUGUGCAAGUUCCUGAGAUACUUCUUCUACAAGAACUUCUCCUUCACCUUAACUCACUUCUGGUACUCGUUCUUCUGUGGGUACUCGGCUCAGACUGUGUAUGAUCCAAUAUUGAUUGCGUCGUAUAACAUGUUCUUUACCGCGUUACCCGUGAUAGCUAUGGGAGUGUUUGAUCAAGAUGUGUCCGAGGAUUACUCUGUAAGAUUCCCCAAGUUGUACAUUCCUGGGCAGUACAAUCUGUUUUUUAAUAUGAGGAUAUUCACGUACUCGGUGAUACACGGAAUGAUAAGGUUUGUGAUAUUACCAUAAUAGUAUACAAUUUUGAAUGUGUAUGUUACUUUGAAAAUAAUAUUUAUCAGGAAACUUAUGUCGCUUAUUUUAGUUCAUUGGUGCUCUUCUUCGUACCGUAUGGGGCUUUCUACAACAGUAUAAACCAUGAUGGUCGAGAUCUCGAGAGUUUUAACAUGCUAGCGUUUACUAUCUUUACAGCUUUGGUGGUGGUUGUGACUGGGCAGAUCAUGUUGGACACUUCUUAUUGGACUGGUUGGAACCACUUUGUCAUAUGGGGAUCUCUAGGGUUCUACAUUCUUGUCAUCGUGUUGUACUAUCAACGUGAGUUAUACUCUUAAAAAUUCUUUAAAUAUUAAAUUUAGUUUUGAGUCCUACAUCUGUAAAAAUAUAUUUUAAAUCUUUAAUAAAUACAAGAUUGAAGCUUUUGAUGGUUAAAUUUAUAUUUCCAGUUAUCCCCUACAGUUUUAUAAGCAACGGACCGACCGGUAACUUCUACGGAGUUGUGUACCAAGCAGUGAUAACUCCUCACUUCUGGUUCUCCCUUCUCCUAAUCUGUGUCAUACUGCUACUACCAGUAAUGCUGAACCGUUUCUUUUGGUUCGACACGAAACCUUCGUACUCUGACCGUCUUCGAGUCAGAUCAAAGCUGCCAUUACACGAACGACCUGAAGAUGGACAACCAAUCUCACAGAUCAAACGGACAGCAGCGACAACUCGAAGAAGUCGGCGUGGAUCAUUACGAAGUGGGUAUGCCUUCUCACACACUCAAGGCUUCGGAGAACUCAUUGCCAAAGGCACGCUCUUCAAGAACAUUGAGAAUCUGCGCGCUCCCAGGUAAACUUUGUUAUGUUCUCGAGGGUUUUGGGAAAUUAUUCGAUCAAUUUGAUUUGAAAAUAUUGAUUUUAUAUAAUGUAAAAUUGACAAAAACAAAUUUUCUGGCUGAAAUUUUAUAAAUUCAGAAAAUAUAUGAGAUACCUAUAAAUAACUAGUACAACUUAUUGCGCACUAUUUCACUUCAAAAUCAUUUCUUUCAGCUACCGAAGUAACACUUCACCAAGUCCCAAAGAGAAACCCAAGUCAACGAUGGCCACGAUCGCCGAGAAGCCUUUGUCUUUGGCCAGUGGCUUCCUCAAUGUGCCAUUAUUGAAUAGAAGAGGGUCUAAAUUACACUCCAAACCUCCAACUCCACCUGAAACUUCACAAAAGUCAACAACAACAGAAAGCAUGGUCAUAAACAACGACAAAACCGAGGAAAAGAAGUCGGCUGUCGCUUUACAACACAACAUUCUGGUGGGAGUGGACAGUGAUCCUCUACCUAGUAACUGGUGA